CACCCAUACUCACUCCCUCAGCACACACACUCACAUACUCUCAAAGUUUUCAGAUAACGCAGCAAACACAUAGGGUCCACGCACAAUAGAGUCUUCAUGAGUGUAAAUAUGGAAUGCUGACACAGGACGACUGAAGCAACAUCUGAAUAAGGCUGGACUGCCAAAGAGAGUGCACACAGGUGUUUUCACUUGCUUCAUCACACCUGGUUCACUGCCAGUAAUCUCUCUGUGCAUUCUGUUUCUGUGUGUGGCGACCCAUUGUGGAAAUACUGCACACAGUGGGGGAGAAAGAUUACCAAAAUUCCCCUGAUUCACCUCAGUUGAUUUUUGGUGUGGCCAAUAGCAACACCAACACAAAAGAAGGAGUUGGGAGAGUUGAGACAGGUUUAGAGACAGAAUCCAUCCAAAUUUCUUCCUCAAUUUUCAUCCUCCUCCUGCUCGUGCUUCAUCAUGCCUGCCAGACAGAGAGUCAUGUUCCUGUUGGCGUUGGUCCUCUCCCUGUCAGGCCUCAUUCACAGCUUCCAGCCCCUCGUCUCAUUUGGGAAUUCCACCACUCACCGUGACAUCACACAAAGGGCGGUCCUCAGAAAGACAGCUGAGGUCUGCAGAGACAUUGCUGCCUCUGAGGGACAAGAAUUCAACCUGACUAUUGAUGACAGCCUGUCAGCUGACAGGGUGCAGAGAGCCUGUUCCUCUAUAGGUACCUCCACCUCUCUCCUCUCAACUGUCAUGUUCCACACGUCCAUUGCAAAUAUGUACUUCAGCAACGCAAAGGUGGAUGUGAUUUAUGCGCUGAGUGAGAAGCACCAUUUUGAUGAUGAGACCUUCCAGGGAGGACGGGAUGUCAUCACAGCAGGUGUGUCUGCUGUGAAGGCCAGUGUGAAGCUGGAGGAAUUUGUUGCAGGGAGGUGGAUGCUCGGACGAGUCUGUCACACCAUACAGGACUUCUACAGUCACAGUAACUGGGUGGAGCUGGGGAACACUGCCCCUUAUAGUACUCUGAUCAGACCAGACCAACCUCUUGAGAACCUGGCAGACGUAAAUACUCCAACAUGUAGAAACUGCACGGGAGGGAACUGUGAGAACAACCUUCUGCCUGACCUGCUGCAGCAGGGGCUUCUCACUUCAGGCUACUUCAACGUCUUCUCCUCUGCAAAACCUGCAGGUAAAUGCAGCCAUGGGGGAUCAUUUGAUCGGACAAGCAGGCGGGACCCAGUGGGGGGGAUUAGUAAGGACGACACUGGGUCCAGUCAUGGCUCAUUUCACCACAAAGCAGCCGAUUUGGCUGUGAAUGCCACUAUGGAGCUACUGGAGGACAUCAGAGUAGCUGUUGGGGACAAGAACUUCCUGCGAUUGAUGGGCCUCUCGCAGUCGUCUGUGCUGUGUUUUGUCAUUGACACCACAGGCAGUAUGAGCAAAGACAUAGCUGAGGCUAAGAGAGUUUCCUUUGACAUCAUAGACAGUAAAAGGGGAACCCAGCAGGAGCCCUCCGCCUACAUAUUGGUACCAUUCAAUGACCCAGAUUAUGGCCCACUGUUUAUGACAACCAAUGCAGACGUCUUCAAAGAGCGCAUCAACAAGUUGUCGGCAAGUGGAGGAGGAGACAUCCCAGAGUUGUGCUUGUCUGGACUGCAGCUUGCCCUGACUGCUGCUCCGCCCUCAUCUGAGAUCUUUGUCUUCACUGAUGCACCUGCUAAAGAUGCUCAUCUGAAAAGCACCAUCAUUGCGCUCAUAGAGAGCACCAAGUCUGUGGUAACUUUCAUGCUGACGGAUACUCUGGUCAGUCGACGGCGCCGCAGCAGCUUUCAGGGCUUGUCGGGUCAUCGCUCAAUGAGCCAAUCAGAUGCACAGUUUUACCGUGACCUCGCCCAAGCUUCUGGAGGUCAAGCCAUUGAGGUCACCAAGGAUGACCUCUCUCUGGCAACAAGUAUAAUAGAGGAUUCAUCAGCCAUUGCUGUGGUGACAGUUUUUCAGGGAAUGAGGAAUCCUGGGAAGCCUGAUAGUUUUACAUUUACAGUUGAUGGAUCACUCAUAAACAUGACUGCCUACAUUACCGGAGCCUCAUCUCUCACCUUUGAUCUCACCAGCCCCACAGGUGUAUCUCAGAGUUCCAGUCAGUCCAGUGGCCCUCUGGCAUCCUUCACCACAGCAGGAAACCUACGACGUUUAAGCCUCAACACCGACAAUCAAACGGGAUCAUGGAAAAUCAGUGUUAACUCUAAUAGCGCUUACUCCGUUAAGGUCACAGGUCAAAGUUCAGUGAACUUUAUCUAUAACCUUGUGGAAGCUCAUGAGGGAGCGCACGGGGACUUCAGUCUAAAGGAGGGACGUCCACUUUCAGGUGGUAAUGCCAGUCUCAUGGUCACUGUGACAGGAAGUGACACAGUAAAGGUCACAGAGGUCACUCUGUUUGACAGCUCAGGGCCAACAGAGGUCAACGGAUCACUGCAGAUGAUGGGAGGUGGUAACUUUCUGGUGACAUUCACUGGAGUCCCAGCAGGUAACUUUGUCGUUCGCCUAAAAGGAGAGGACAGCAGUUCCGCUUCCAGGUCAACAUCAUCAAGCAGCUUCCAGAGACAAGCCUCCACACAGAUGAAGACAUCCAGCAUCUCUGUGACAGCUCAAUCCAACAACACCAAUAUCGAACCAGGCUCCACCAUUUCCAUCCCUUUCACAGUCGCCACAACCACCAAUGGAGUUAUUAACGAUUCUGCAACUGGAGCGUUCACAGUGAGAGCCAACAACGACCGCAGCUAUACUUUGACUUCACCCAGCACUGUCACAGUAGAGGCGGACAGUGGAGGCAAAGCCAACGGCACCGUGACCUUAACAGUACCAGCCAGUGCUGCAUCAGGAACAGACGUGACCCUCACCAUUGAGGCAGAAAAUGCAGCUGCCGACGACAUCAACUACGUUGUACUCAGGUUGUCUGUGACUGCCAAGGUGACAGAUAUUACACGUCCAGUGUGCCAGGUAGUCAGUUCAUCAACCAGCUGUCCGUCCUCUUCAUCGCUCUGUGCUGCCUCUCAGUGGGUAUUCAUCGCUAAUCUCACUGAUGGCAUCAAUGGAACUGGCAUUGACAGCGUUUCCAUCCGCCAAGGGAACGGUACCCUAAAUAUCAGCACAGAGGCUGGAGCAGGGGGGGAGAACAUCACCGUGGCAACCUACAGCGCCUCCUGCUGUUCCCAGAGUGUAGAGCUGGCUGCUGUGGACAAAGUAGGAAAUGUGGGGACAUGUGUGGGGCAGGCUCGAGCACUCACCACAGCUGCCCCUGUGACUACAAGUGCAGUUAACACAACAUCCACUGGAGGACACACUUUGAGCAUGUCAUACUGUCUCUGGGUCAGUGUUGCAGUUUCUCUUCUUUGGAAAUAAAAGGGGUACAUUGAAAUCACCCUGUAAGGAUGGAAGCAUGAAUCAAAUAGUCCCUCAGUGAGCCUUUUAUAUAAAUAUUAUGUGCGUUUACAUUAAAUUACCACUGCUUGAAGGAAAUAGAUGUUUUUUUCCUUUCAAUCUAAUUCUCUUAAAUAAUCUCUCUCUCUAAAUAAUAUGAAUUUCUAUAACUAAUGCAGUUUUUUAAAAUUUAUUUUGUUUUGCUUUGUUUUCUUCAUAUAUAAAAAAAAAUUUGAAGAGUUACUUUGAAUGAUUUAUUUACAUUCCUGGUGGUGUGUAGAUUUGCUGCAGUGGUGAUGUCAAUGUACAAGUGCCUGAAGCUGCUUUUACUGCAAUGACUGCAAGAAGCCAGACUAAACUCAAUGGAUCCUCCAACGGCUCUCUUACAAAUCAUAAUGAAUAUUUACCACAUAUAUUUGCAGUUGCAAUUGACAGUUACAGCGAUACCUUAACUCUGUUGUCAUUUAUGGUUCUGUGAAGUCCACAGUAUUGAAGGAAAUAUUUUGUGAUGAUAUGGUGGAAUUUCAGUUUUCUGUCAAUUAAAGACCCUGAAAAUCUG